UACACAUUGUCCUCCCUCGAGAUCGGCACCGCGGAGCACCGCGUUUCGGAGUGUUCCCGAGCGGUGCGGUAGGCCGUCGACAGCCGGCUGUGCCAGUCUGCUUCGAUCCUCGGGACAAAAACCCACGGACGUGAGAGGGCAAGGGUGGCGCGACGUCCUUGGGGCAGACCCCGCUGUCACCACCGGCGGCCGAACGGGCGUGCCUUUAGUACGCGCGCAUGAGAAGCGGCGCGGCCGCUUUCUUUUUUCGCGGGGCGGCUGAAGACAGCGGCGGCCUCUAGCGAUCAUCGCUGCACCCGCUGUCAACCGUGCUCGCUCGAGUACGCGCGAGUGUCGACGGUCUCCGUCCGUUGUGGCUGCGCGUGUGUCAGUGUGUCUUUCGUGUUUCGUGUGUGGGAUGACAGAACGAUGGCAUACGGUGAUAUAAAGAAGCCACGAUGAAGAGGAACGAGAGCGGAGUCUCCCGCUUCGGAUCGUUCUUUCGCCGGCGGACGCUGCGGCGGGUUCGAGACAGCACCGACAACGACUCGGACGCCGAGAUUCCGCUGGUGCCGUCUCCGCCGUUGGUGCGCCAGUCGUCCGUUCAGCGGCAGACCAGCGCGGUCGACGACGAUGCUUCGUCGCAGCGGUACCUGCUGUCCCGGGGCGGCAUCCGCUUCUGGAAGAACUUCGCCUAUGAGGCGGAGGCCCGGCCGUACAUCCGCGUCCGGCACGACAUCGACCCGGACCAGGUGAGCGGCGUGCUGGUCCAGGAGUGGCUGUUCUCGGCGCCGCGCAUCGCCCUGGUGCUCAUCUCGCACGUGGGCCCGCUGGGCGACUGGGCGGACGCGAGGCGGCUCGAGGGCUUCCGGCACGGACUCCUGCGCGCCGCCAACGCGACGCCCAUGUGGCUGCUCACCAACGGCUUCAACACGGGGCUCGCCAAGCUGGUCGGCGACGCCGUGAGCCACGAGCUUCGCCGGCGGCAGGCGCUGCGAUGCCACAAGCACCCGAACCGCACCCGCGCGACCCUGCCGCCGCUGCGGCUGGUGGGCAUCGUGCGCGAGGACAUGCUCGUCAACGCCGACCUGCUCGACGGACGGCAGGCCGACGUUCAGCUCGAGAACGAGGGCAACCGGCCAGAAGAAGGCAAGUUCGAGCUGAACCCGGACCACUCCAAUUACGUGCUCGUGCGGGACGAGACGGUCAACCGCACGGGGCUCAACCACUUCGUGCUGCGCCUCGAGCAACGGCUCAUCAACCUCUCCGACCACGCGCCUGCAGCGGCGUCCUCUGGCGGCGGCGAGAAGGAGGGCGGUGGCGCCGAGCUUCCGCUCAUCGCCUUGCUCGUGUCCGGGGGCGACGGCUGCGCCCGGCUGGUGCUGGAGCACCUCAAGCGACAGCUGCCCGUGGUGGUGUUCGAGGGCAGCGGGGGACUCGCCGACCUGCUCGCGUUCGCCUACCGGGAGAGCCAGCGAAGGAGUCCCGCCGUGUGGGACCCCGAGUUCGUGGAGAACUUCCUGAAACCCGAGCUGGCCUCGAUGCUGUGCCUGCUGUACCCGGCGUACCGGGACAACGCCCUGGCCCGGAACCUGCUGCGCGACCGCAUCGUCGAGUGCGCCCGGCUCUCCUGCCAGUCUCACUGCCUGACGCUCGUCGACAUCCGAAGCCGUUCCUGCGACCUGACGCGCCUCGACGAGAUCCUGCUCAACGCAUUCUUUAAAGCCCAAAGGCCCGAAAGGGUCUUGCGCUUCAACCAAAUGAAGAAGGACCUUAUGCUCACCAUCGACUGGAACUGCCCUGAUGUGGCGAUGUCACAAGUCUUCUUGAAGGAUCCGUCUUGUAAAUUCCAGGUGGACCGAGACAUCUUCGAGGAGGCCCUGGUUCGUUCGGACCGCGAAGAGUUCGUGCAUAUCUUCCUGGCGCGGGGAUUCCGCGUCCACAAAUACCUGACGCCCAGGCGGCUCAAGCAGCUCUUCAAGAAAGUCCAGGGAGAGCAGUUCUUCCGCUCUGUCUGCUGGGAGGGCGCCCUGGGACGCAGCCCAUUCUCCAAGCUGGGCAAGCACUUUGUUGACACCGAGCUGAACUGGCUGAUCGAGACACUGACAGGCCUGCACAACUUCGUGGACAGCCAGGAACUGUCCAUGAACGCGGCGGGUAUCUACACCCUGGACCCCAGUGCGGCCGAGCGCAAGGCCCUGGCACUGCUGGCGCUCUGGUGCGCGUUUACGCAGCGCACCGCGCUGGGCAAGCGCCUGUGGCAGUGCUGCGACCAGCCCAUCCACCUGGCGCUGCUGGUGUCCAUGACGUACGGACGGCUGGCCAACCUUGUCCACGAGGGCAACACCAAGAAGGACCUGUUGGAUGCCUGCGAGGAGUUUGCGAGCAUGGCGACGGGGGUUCUGGACUGCAGCUACCAGGAGGCCACAUGCCGCGCCUACGACGUGCUGAGUGAGGAGAAUCCGGACUGGGGCCACCGUACUGCCGUUGACAUUGCGGCGCAGGCGAACAACCACAAGUUCCUGGCACACCCGUGCUGCCAACGCUGGAUCACCAACCUCUUUAUGGGCCGCAUCAGCGUGCGAGACCUCACAUGGGGGCCCCUGGCAGUACCCAUGUGGCUCAAGAUCAUCUUAUGUGCUUUUCUAGUUUUCCCGAUGUACGUGUGGGUCCGCUUUAAGUCGGAUCCUCAUGAAAUGGAGUACAAGGAAGAGCCCGAUGUCGAAGAAGAGAAAGAUGACAGGGAAGGGGAUGAGGAUGCCCUCUUGCAGGACGGGACUCGAGCCAUCGACAUGCCGCCGCAGCAACAGCAAGAUUCACUGCCGGGGCUGACGUCGGAAACGAAGGUGUCCUUCCAGCCCGAGGUGGUUACGACGCUACUGCGUGAGCGGGAGCUGUUUGUGCCGUCGCCUCCACCGCUCUGGAACAUGGUCUAUCAGAUGUGGAGUGCGCCCAUCACUAAGUUCUGGACAUUUCAGAUCUUCUACAUUGUGUACCUGGCACUGUUCAGCGUGGCCGUGCUAUUGCCGUCGUGUGGCAAUCGGUAUGUGGACAUGGCUGUGUGUGCCUGGACUGCCCUCAUCGCCCUCGAGUCGGCCAGGAGGACAUAUGUGCUGCACAAGAGAUACCAAGACGUGCCCAUGUUCCUCCGCUGUAUGGAGGUGCUGCUCAUUGCGGCCUUCGUGGCUCUGUACGUUGUGGCCAGGGUGCUUGGCCCGACUCCCAUCUUCAGCCCGUACAGCAUCAAGGUGGUGCUGUGUGCCGCACUGCUUGGGUUCUACUACCGGCAGAUUGUCAUAUACCUGCCCAUAUCACCCACCCUAGGCCCGCUGCUCUACAAAGUGCGCCUCAUGGUGGCCGAGGACUUUGUGAACUUCAUGCGCAUGGCGCUGCUGGUGAUCAUCAGUGGCGGCAUUGUGGCGCAUGCCCUGCUCUACCCGGACUACCCGUUCAACCUGGAGCUGCUCAGAAGAACCUUUCACCGCGCAUGGUUCUCCCUCUUUCUCACGCCCAUCUCUGACCUCGAAGGGGAUUCACGCUGCUUUCGGCUGAGAGCCGUUGCCAAUCGCUCAGCAGAGGAAUGCCGAAUCAGCGAGUACACUGACUACACCUGCAGCAACCCGGGGUUGUGGCCUUACAUCUUUGUUAUACAAUUCCUCGUUCUUCUCAAGUUGGUCUUGUUGACACUUCUCUACGCUCUCUUCAGCCACACGGCGCAGAAGAUCGAGUCGGCGUCCGACGACAUCUGGAAGUUCCAGCGGUACAAGCUGGUUGUGGACUUCAUGAACCGGCUGUGCCUGCCACCCCCGUUCAACGUGUUCAGCUACAUCAUCGCUCUCCUGCAGUUCCUCUGGCGUCUGCUCACCUGCCACUUCUGCCGAACCACGCACCAGCUGGAUGGCCAUGCUGAGCUGGCUAAGUCACAACUGCGGCUUUCUGAGAAGGACUACAACUACUGGAAACACCUGGCAUCGCAGUACAGCCAAAGGCAAAGCGAGGAACGUGACCUUGAGGAGAAGAAGAAGAAGCAGCUUGAAAGCCUGUCAUUCUUUCUUGAAGAUAUGGACUAUCAGCGGCGUGCCCUCAGCCUUCUCAAAGGUCAGAUUCAAGAACUGCAGAGGACAGUCGGCAAGUCGUUUUCCUAUCUGCAGACACUCAAGAAUGCGACAGACCGACCUGGCGAGAUGGGUGGUGCGCUGCCAGGCACUGUGCACGUGCUGUCUCGCCGGAGCCCGUACCCAAGCACGCGUGUCCUCCGCUACCCGGUGCCUGACAAGUACGUCGCAUGGCAGGUAUUGUGGCUGGAGUAUGACCCUGUGGCCUAUAGCCGGCCACGCACCGACUUCCCAGCACACCUGCAGCCUCACGUCGACGAGGACAUUCUAGGGCUGAAACUCGCCUCUGAUGGCGGUCCUGUGCCAAGCUUUGCUUGGAACUCGGUGUCCAUAAGCCCUGCAGGUGUCAGCAUCAACCGCCAAUCGUGGAUUCGCGAUACAGAUGGCUUACCAAUCAUCUAUCGUCUUGAUGCACAGGGAAUGCCCAUGAAUCCCGUUGGCAGGACGGGGCUGCGAGGACGUGGAGCUCUGCCACGUUGGGGCCCAAACCAUUACGUGCUUUUCAUUAUCACCAGGUGGCAGAGGGCCAAGGUGCACUUGGUUGGAGGCAGGGGCCUUGAGGUGGUUCUUAUGCGCGUCUUCCGGACUGACCACUUUAGCCUUCCAGGGGACUUCGUACCUGGAGAGGGAAAAUAUGAGACACUGAAGCUGCUGUUCAAGCCAGAGACAGUGCUCAAGUGCGAGGCUGAAGACGACAUUAAGGAGUUUUUCCGGAGCUCCCACGUGGAAGAAGAAGGCACAGAUGAGCCAUUGGUCGAGUGCAGGCAGCGUGGCUACAUGGACGACCCCAUGAAUACAGAUCACUGCUGGCGCGAGAUUGAGCUGUGGAACAUCCACUACGAUGGCACAGAGAACCUGCAGGACAAGAUGCAGAACCACCUGCUAUGGCGGCUUGUCACGGAGGACCUGUUUACAAAGCUGCCACUCGGGCAGUCAGUCCUGCUGCAUGAAGUUACCAAGUCUCUUCAAGCAAGCAUCAUCUAACGUGACUGCUGUCACUGGCGUCCCGGUGCCUGACCUUGAGGACUACGACUCCUGGCUGUGAUCAUUACUACGUGUACGACCGACCCAGUGGGUCUCUUGUUGCGCUCGUGUUCUACACUGCAACAACUUUUUCUCAUACUUUAAAGAUAGGCAAGCUCUGCAGUGACACCAUGCAUUGUUGGGUGUGCUUUGUUUGCUUGGAGGAAUAUUUAAUGCCUGUUGACAUUGACAGGCAUUUGAAUGGAAUCUUUUGACAGGUGUGCUCAAGGACGUGCCCUGCUCUUGUGCUGUAACUUAAUGUGAUACGUUUCUUGUUAUUGUUUUAUGUUUGCACUGAGGCAUCGAGGUAUAAUUUUGGUACAGAAUAGUAUAGCAUUGCUGUAUGACAGACCAUUUGCUGUGCAUCUAUUCAAGCAUGUGAUAUGCACUUUAAGCGAUGCUAAUGCCGCUGCAACUUGAAUGUGAGAACACAGUUGUGCACAUGCUGGAAAAUGAGCAGUGUUGCAUCUUCUGCUUAGUGUGCUCCAAACUUUUCUAUUUUGUAAAGUCUAAGCUCGCUACGUAUUCAUAAUUUAUAGAGGACCACAGCAUGUAGAUAGGUGAUAAUAAUCAAUAUUAACAUAUUUUCAUCCUACAUUUUGGGCAUAGGCAUGUGCCGAGAUCAGCACAUGCGUAUUGUGUGACAGUAACGCCUUCUGUUAUAUUUUUAGCAUUUGUGAGUCUUACAUAACCAUUGCUUCCAUAGAAGUGUAUAUUUGCAUACGUAUGUCACGCAGUGAGCAUUUGUUCACAACAUGUGUUGACAUCUUGUCCAAUGCCUCAGGGUUAUGUUGUUAUAGUCUUGGUAGGAUUACCACUGUAGUCAAACUUCAAAAUAUGUACUUAGCUGUCUAUAGCCUUUAUGUUUCUUCUUGCUUUUUCUACAAAGACGUGUCACGAAUUUAGUUUUACAUGUGCACAUUGUGGGACUGACACCUUGUGUUACAAUGUUGAUGGCUUGGGAAUAUCAUUGGUUAGAAAUACGUGCUUUGUCAUAGUGAGCAACAGUUGGCAAAGAAAAAAAGCCUCAGCCUUUAUUUCAUCUCCAUCUUUCUGUCUCUUUUGUCUUGUGCUGUAUCGUAGUACGCCUUGAUUGCUGCUCAUGAUGAGUGAACACUGCUUGAAGGCUGUGAAAAUAUUUUCUUAGAUUGUCCGCAUGCCAAGGACACAUUCAUCGCCAAGCGAAAUGUUGCAGAAUCGCCAAGCGAAAUGUUGCAGAAAAUUUUAGUUUAAUCCAGGUAUCAAGCUCUUCAAGUCUAUGGUGAAGUGAGGAAAAUUUGAAGGCAACCAAAUACUUAUUACGCUUCUGAAAUGUAUGAAUCAAGUAAGUAAAAUUACGCAUGUGUGACCUCGUGAAAAAGUGCACAUAGUUUAGAAUUUUCGAAGACACAACGAAAAGUAGAUAGGGGUGUUGUGUUAUCCUUUGGAGAAGGGACAUUCACAGGUAGCAAAAAAAUGCUGGUCUACUUCAUACUUGCAGAGAAAAUAAAAACAGAGGGCAACAAUGAAAACAAUAUGAUAAUGGCAUAGCUUCAUCCCACUUAUUUGUGAUGACAUUGCAAUUGCUUAGUUGCAAUUGCUCUUGUAUGUAGCUCUUCCGAUCAUCAAAGUUUCACUUUUUAAUUUUGCAGACAGCUCAAUUAUCACUGCCAUAGUGAUGCUUCACUAAUUGUUUUUCACUGUGGCCUUGCCUUUUUGGACUGGACUGUCCCGUUGGAAAUUCAUCACUUGGAGCUUCUCUUGGGGUGUUAUUUGCAUAACUUUGGCAUUAGUCAUUGCUUUCCUUUUUGUUACCUUAAUAUUAUUGAAGGGUUGACCCUCUCAUUGUCCUUGCUUCUUUCUUAAGCUGUAAGGAAGAUUUUAUACAUUAUUUCUUUCUGUGCAAACUUGGAAAUACUGUCAUGAUCACAUUAUCACUGCUAUAAUUGGAUUACGCAAAAAUAAAUACUAUCUGGGGAUGAGGUACAUUUGAAGGGCACUUUGGCCCUGACCCUGUGUGUGUCUGGCAUGUCCAGUCCCAUUGCUAAGAUUAGAAUACACAGGAGUGCGUUCAUAAUGUUAUAAAUUUGGGCCGCCUUGUGACACUGCCACUCACCUCAUAGCCCUAGCUGUGGAAUAAAGCAUAUCUUUUAAGAUGCACAAUUUUGCAGGAAAAAAGAAAAGUAAGACAGGUGAUAGGAAAGCAAACAACAUUGGUACGUAAGGUACAUUCCCAGAAUGCAAACUGGGUGGACAUUGUUCUGAGCACACUUUAUUGUAUGGGUUCUGAUAGCAGGGAAAUUUUUUUUUAAUAGAACAGGAUGAUUUUGCACUGCAAGGUAUGCAAAUACACAAGCUCUCUGACAUCUUAAUGACAUCACAGACACAACAUUGGAUAAGGAAAAUUUGGCAUUAACGUUUCUCAAUAGACAGUCGCAGAAACAGCACCGAGUGAGAGGAAAUUACCUAAGUAGAAGACAUUUGUUAGAAUAAGGAACAACCGAAAUGUCUUAACAUUACCUUGGAUCAGCAGUUUGUCUAUAACUAUUAUGAUCUUCCCCGAUCAGGUGGGACUUCAUCAGGCCCACAAUUUUAGUCAGCCUUUCUCUCCUGAGUAAUUGGCAGCAGUUAUUGCAAAGCCUUUGAUGUAUGUUCUACAAGUCAAAACUAAUGCUUAUUUUUUAAUGGCUCCCUAUAAUGCCUGCCCUUUGUGUUUCCAGCACAUGGACAUAGUAGAUUACUCUCAGUUGGUCUAAAAAGAGUGCUUUUUAAGCAGUUGCCUUAAAUUUAUUGUCGUAUUAAGAAUCAAAUAAAUUAAUUGAACUGGAAAUGCUGCACUUGCACCACAUACACUGCACUGCUGCCCCAGUGCAGCACCCGAAUGCAGCUAGCUGUUCUGUGGCAUGAUUCAACGGUACUACCGAGACACAGGUCGUCGACAUGACAUCACUCCCCAUGAAAGUCAUCUUAACUGAAACAAAGCGCUGUAGUUAUCAAAUUUUUUUUGUGUCCGCAAUACUGCUACAGAUGUUUAUUGUGCUGGGUGCUGUUAGAAUCCGUCAUGCCACUCUCCAACCAGCAGAAAUGCGUGUCAAACCACAUUCCCACGUAUAGUUUGGGAAGCUAAUUGGCUAACUAGAUGCAACAUUUGCACGUCAUGCAUCGCAUUUCCACAGCUGUACUUCCCGCCAAAGCUGUCCAUCCGCAAAUGUCUGCAACAGUCGGGACCAUCGUGUUGCAUAUGAUGCUUAUUUGGUUGUCCAGGCAUGUCCUGUCUCCAAAAAGAAAUUAGUAUUAUGUAUCAUGAUCAUGUAGUAUGAUGGUGAUAAAACAAAAUAUGAGAAGAGCUCAAUAUAAAGGCACUGCAACUGAACCUGGUACCUUUCCCUUUGAAAAGUUGCCUUUCAGCCAACUUCUCCAUGACAGCAUCUUUGCUAAUAUUUUUAGCUGGAAAACCACAAGCACUAAAAGCAACAGUAGCUCAUGAGCACCCAAUGUAGCCUGUGCCACAGUGCUUGAGACAACAUGCAAGACACUCGUAAACCAAUACGAACAGAAAGGAAGCGAAAGAAGUAGAGUUGGUGGUUGCAGUGCAAGAAGUGCCUCGACGCAUCGACCUGACAAACCUUGCCUGCACCGUAUGAUGAUAGCACUCUGGGCUUGCGGUGUUGUUCGCCCAGAACAUUUUGACAUUGAUGUCAUUAGACAUGUCAUCAGCCAGAGGUUAACAGAGGUUUACUGUCUGAUGGACAGCUCCUGAAAGUUGUGCACAUAUAUCUGGAACAUUUUUAAUAGUUCUCUCUCGAAGGCGCUUGGGAUGGUAUCAGAAGUCCCAGCAGAUCGAAGGUUGGUGAGCACUGUUUACCUGCAUAAAUACAUAAUGCCAAUCAGUCUUUCACAUUUUGCACACUCAGGUUGCCGAUGCAGAAUGCUGUGGAAUCGUGGCACACUUGAAUUGUUAUUAAGGUACGAUGCCAAAAAUUAAUGUUCUUUUUUUUUUCUGACUGCGUUUCGAUACAUAUGUACGGUACUUUUAACCAUUUCAUGCAGUACUUCACAUCACUAAAACAUGCUUGCCCCGCAUUUGGAGCUACAGUGAUUACACUUAUUGUUUUGUGUGUCAGGAUAGUGUUUUUCUAUGUGCAACUUGACCUGCACCAAAGGAGUGAACUGUUUGUUGUAUGGCAACUGGUUCGGUUUACUUGGAAGUAACCCAUUCAGUGCAUUCAUGCAUAAGGCACAUUAGGAUUUACAGGCUAGAUGUGUUCUCAAAAAUAAUAAACAAAGAAAAACAAAACUAAAGACACCUUACAGAAAACUGGCACUUUUGUCUUUAUGCCAAAAUAUUCAGCAUCAAUAAAUAUUUCUUAAGUGUGCUCACCCCAUUCCCAAGACGAAGUCCCAGAAUAUUUUAAUGCAGUGUUAUCCAUAUACAACUCGAAAAUGCCAGUGUUGGCUUUGAGUGCCCCUGCAGGCAUCAAUUUUCAAUCGAAUAAUGCCCAUUGCAGUGGAAUUUAGAUGAUAUGAUGGGGUGAAUCUGAAUUGCAGGGUGAUACGUAUUUCGAAGGUGUUCAGACUGGAUUGCAUGACUACUAUGUGUUCUGACUAGAAUGCUGGCUUAUGUAGCUGUGGAUGCUACUUAUUGCUGAGGUGUUCCGAGAUUUGUCGAAACUCUAGGGAGUACAGCUAUGACGUGCAGUUUUGAAUUCAAUAUGAGGUAUUUCAUGUUUCUAGCAGAGACCAGUAUACCUGAAAAUUGCUGACUGCAGUGUGCAGUGAGUGAGCACUGGCAAAGCUUAGGUACAUCAAGAAAUAAGUGCGAGUUGUAUGCAUUUCAGAAGGGCCUCCUCAACAGCAUUGAGUAAAGAAAGAUAGAUAUGCAUCAAAGACUUCAAUGGAAAAUAAUCAUGAGAACUAUUCAACGUACACAAUUUUCACUUUUGGGCUAUGAUAGCAGCUUGUUAAAGAAAAUACAAAUUUCAGAUUAAUUAUUUUUUGAGGUUCGUAGAAAUUUGUAUGAUCACAAUUCUGUUAUUCCUGGGAAUAUGUAGUUGCUGCUGCAUGCUAAUUUUUGUCAUAUUGAAUGGUAUGUUUUGUCAUUGCAGUGAUUUGCAGUCUUUCAUCACAAUAUCAUCACAAUUUGUUAUUUUGUUAUGCACUGUAUUAUGCAAAUGAUGUUAAUAAUCCCACCAUAUAUGUUCUUGGUGGUUUCAAGUGUGGUCUGUGUUCUGUGGGCAGAAUGUGCCUCGGAGGGGAAUAGGGGGAGAGAAAUAAGGAUAUUUAAGGUCUGGAAAACAACUGUCAGGACCAGAAUUUUUCUAGAUCCUGACUCAUAGACUACUAUGUGCUUCAAACUUGAAGGGAGAAAGAAGUGGUGGUAAUUUGUGUGAAAUUUUCACUGCACUGAUAUUCCCUUGUUGUUUUUGCAUAUUUUAAAUCAAUAGCAGGGGACGAUGAAGCAGUUUUGCAGUUUUUGUCAUAAGUACUGUGUGCGUCACUGUCUGGUAAGAAUUUUUUAUGGCAUGUAUGGAAGCUACAUAUUGUGUAUAAUGUGAACGCAAAGAUCUGACUCGUUUUCUCGCGACCAAAUGACCUUUCAUUAUUUUAUAUGAGCACAAUAGCGAAGCCAUGGCUUGAUUACUUAAGUACUGUGUGAUUGAAGAGCUGUGGGAGAUUUUUGACACGUCUAACUGCCAGAGUGCAAAAUGGCGUUCAUCACCUUUGUUGAUCUAGUUCUUUUUGUUCACUUUUCACGCAUUUGCUUUACAUGGCUAUUCAUCCUUUUUUCCGUUUUGUCAUAUACACACAUCGUGCUUGUUAUCACUUGCAUGUUUACAUUUUUAAUAAACAAGCAAGAAACUUGAA